AUGCUGCCGGUGUCUGUGGAGGAAAGUAAGGCUCAACGUCUUCAGAGACAGCAAGCACGAUUCAGGGACCGUGGAGGUGCGUUUGUUCCCUCAGAGAAGAAUACUCUCAAGGACAUUCUGUUGGCCCGCACUGUUUCUGGAGAGUCCCCUUCAAAAGCAGCCACGAAGUCACCACAUCGCCACCGGAGCCCUAGCGUAUCUCCAUCAAAGGCCAAACGCAAUAAGACUACUACUAAACCUAAGGGGAGUCCGGCCAAGGUCAAAGUUUCACGCUCCAACACCAAAACUCAGGCACCAGCGGGCUUGGUAAGUGGGAAUGCUGCAGCAGGUCCCUCAACUGAGUCUGGCGGCAAAGUCUCUAAGACGCAAACAAAGAAGAAAGCAAGUACUACUCGUAAGGGUAAAGGCAAGAUAAAAGCUACUGACGGCGACGAUGUCCCGGAAGUAGAAUCAGCUAAAGCCAAACCUGCUGCAAAGCGCAAGGGAAGGCCGCCAAAAACAAAGACGAUAAUUUACCCAGAUAUCGACGCUGAUCCUGAACCAUCGAAUCGCAAGGUGCAGACGUCAAAGGCAAAGGCACCUGAUAAAUCCAAAGUGAAAGCCAAAUUAGCGGAGGUGUCUCAAUCAGACGACGAAGGCACCCUGGUAGAAGCUCCCCGACCAAAGGCACGCUCUAAACGCAAGCCCGUUAUUGUCACAAUCGAAUCUGAUGACGAGAGUGUGCCUAUGCCUGACAAUCAGACUGCAAAUGCCGAGCCUUCCGCGAUUCCGAAGUCUGCGUACAAACGGCCCUCCACCAAAGAUGCUCCACUCAAUCAUGUACUAGCCAAAAAGUGUAGCAAGGAGCAGCCAGAUGAAGCAGCGCCGAUAGUCUCGCCGACAAAAGUUUCUCGAGCGCGGAAGCAUUCAAAGCGGACGGACGAGAAUGACGAAUCUCCAAACCCAGUAAAGACUAAAACUUAUGGAUCUCUGACCGUUGAAAUCCCCAUGAAGAAGUCUGCCACUAGCUCCAAGCGCAGCGCACCUGAUGAUGACGUCGGCGGAGAUGCGAAACAUCCUACCAAGAAAGCUAAAGUUAUCAAUCUCCAAAGCGCCAAAUCUCUGCCUCUAUCUAACUCCGCUGCGAUAUCGAAACCUGCUGCUGAAGACCCUGCUAUCAAGAAACCUCAUUCAGCUAUGAAGAAAGACACAAAGAGGAAAAAGGAGCGCCCACCAGAGUCAGAUGAAGAUAGCCAGCCUAAGAAACCUGUUUCAAAAAAGGCGAGAUUUGAUGAAGAAUCGAAGCUAGGCGUGCAAAUUAGCUCCGAGAAACAGAAGGAGAACACCCUUCAAUCGAGAAAGCCAACUGGAAAGUCCAACUCCAAGCCGAAAUUCAGAGGUCCGCCGAAGGUUGUUCUAGACCGCAUUAAGGCAAGCGCUACAUUGCAUCGAGUUGUCGAUGAUAGCGAGCCAGACCCGCUCGACUGCUUGUCAUGACCGUUGAAUAUUUGCAUCACAGAAGUAUCGAUCAUAUAUACACAUACUAACACACUGACCAACCUAAGUAUCUUGCACGAUAUUGUCAAUAAUAUUUGCUUUGUUACCUUUUGCCAUGAUACGUUACUCC